AAUGGACAGGCAAUGACUUAUUGUUUUAGCAUCAGGAAGAGUGAGAACGUAUUACUGAUUUUUCCUUCAACAUUAGAAAGUUCCUUGAAUUUCCCAAGACUCCACAAGGGGCUGAGGGCGUAGCUCAGGGGUAGAGUAUUUGCCUAGCAUGCACAAGGCCCUGACUUGGAUCCCCAGCACUAUAAGAAAAAUGAAAUUAAGAUAAAAGACUGUGGAGCUAAGACCAAGAACAUCAAGAGUUGUUCGGUAUGUCAACACAAGUCACGAAAGGCAGGGCUUUUCUAAGGACAAUAGAAUUAUAUCUACCUUUUGAUACAGUAGGUGAAACGGAAAGAAGAGAUUCUGGAGCAGUUAUACCAGAAGAAGAAUCCCAAAGCAAAACUCUUUUGCCGAAGGUUAUCUAACUCUCCUUGGCAGGUGCACGGGUGGAGAAGGCAUUUAGUCCUUGAAGUAAGGUUACAUGGAAGGUUACGACAAUGAUGUCAAGCUUACAGCAAUCCAGCUGUUCCUGGGCGCAGAAGCACCCCCAGGACUGCGGCACAGAAAAUACGCUAGCGGGUCUUUCGCCCCUCCCCCGUUCCACUCCCGAGGCCCUGGAGUAGCCCCGGAGUCGCUGACGCCAUCCCUUCCCGCCUCUGGCUUGCAUGGAGCAUGCGCUUCCUCCCUCACUUCCUUUCCGGGAGGGAGCCAGAGUAAAGCUACGCCCUAGCGGACCUGCGGCUGGCCCCGCGUCACAGGAACUUCAGCACCCACGAGCGGACAGCGCUCUCUUCCACCUGGAGACCCGGCUCCCGAGCGCCCGAGUCCGUCAAUUCCCUUCACUCCGAGCGACGCCGAGCUCCCCAGGCCUCCGGUCCCUGCCACUCUCCCUCCCCGCACCCGCCCUCUUGGCCCUUCCAGCUUUUUACUCCUCUUUUCAUUCAUAACAAAAGCUCCAGCGCCGGGAGCCUGGCGCCAGGCUGUUUCUGAAGCCAAGAGUGGAAGAAUGGGGUUCCUUUGGACCGGCACUUGGAUUCUGGUGUUGGUGCUCCACAGCACCCCAAUUAUAGCUUUCCCCACACUGGGAGGCAGCCAAGACAAAUCUCUACAUAAUAGAGAAUUAAGUGCAGAAAGACCUUUGAAUGAACAGAUUGCUGAAGCAGAGGCAGACAAGAUUAAAAAAACGUACUCUCCAGAAAACAAGCCAGGUGAUAGCAAUUACUCUUUUGUUGAUAACUUGAACCUGCUAAAGGCAAUAACAGAAAAGGAAAAGACUGAGAAAGAAAGACAAUCCAUAAGAAGUUCCUCAUUUGAUAACAAAUUGAAUGUGGAAGAUGUUGAUUCAACCAAGAAUCGAAAACUGAUUGAUGAUUAUGAUUCUACUAAGAGCGGAUUGGAUCAUAAAUUUCAAGAUGAUCCAGAUGGCCUUCAUCAACUAGAUGGAACUCCUUUAACGGCUGAAGACAUUGUCCAUAAGAUUGCUACCAGGAUUUAUGAGGAAAAUGACAGAGGAGUAUUUGACAAGAUUGUUUCUAAACUGCUGAAUCUGGGCCUGAUCACAGAAAGCCAGGCACACACACUGGAAGAUGAAGUUGCAGAGGCUUUACAAAAAUUAAUUUCAAAGGAAGCCAACAAUUAUGAGGAGGAGCUUAAUAAAUCCACCAGCAGGACUGAGAAUCAGGCUGGAAAAAUACCAGAGAAAGUGACUCCAAUGGCAGCAAUUCAGGAUGGUUUUAAUAAUGGAGAAAAUGAUGAAACAGUGUCUAACACCUUAACCUUGACAAAUGGCUUGGAAAGGAGAACUAAAACCUAUGGAGAAGACAACUUUGAGGAACUCCAGUAUUUCCCCAACUUCUAUGCACUACUGAAAAGUAUUGAUUCAGAAAAAGAAGCAAAAGAGAAAGAAACACUAAUUACUAUCAUGAAGACAUUGAUUGACUUUGUGAAGAUGAUGGUCAAGUAUGGCACAAUUUCUCCGGAAGAAGGUGUUUCCUACCUUGAAAAUUUGGAUGAAACAAUUGCUCUUCAGACCAAGAACAAGCUAGAAAAAAAUGCUACUGACAAUAAAAGCAAGCUUUUUCCAGUGCCAUCAGAGAAGAGCCAUGAAGAAACAGACAGUACCAAGGAGGAAGCCGCUAAGAUGGAAAAGGAAUAUGGUACCUUGAAAGAUUCCACAAAAGAUGACAGCUCCAACCCAGGAGGAAAGACAGAUGAACCAAAAGGGAAAACAGAAGCCUAUUUGGAAGCCAUUAGAAAAAAUAUUGAAUGGUUGAAGAAACACGACAAAAAAGGAAAUAAAGAAGACUAUGACCUUUCGAAGAUGAGGGACUUCAUCAACCAACAAGCUGACGCUUAUGUGGAGAAAGGCAUCCUUGAUAAAGAAGAAGCUGAUGCCAUCAAGCGCAUCUACAGCAGCCUGUGAAAAUGACAAAAGAUCCAGGAGUCUUUUGACUGUUCCAGAAAACAUAAUGUAGCUUAAAACACUUCUAAUUCUGAUUAAUUUUUUUUUACCCAAGAAUUACUAGAAAGUUCUGAGUUUACAGUAGUUAACCUUUUAGAAAUGGAUAAAACAUAGCUUUCUUGCCACAAAAACUAUCUGAAAAGUAAAAUUGUAUGUAAGCUGAGAUUUUGUACGUAGAAUUCUUAUUUCUUCAUAGAUUUACAUUUUAUAAUCAAUGUUGCUCUAGAAAAGCCUCUCAUGGACUGAAUAUAAAACUAAGACUUCUGUCUCACAGACUUACACACACUCCCUGAAGAAUGAAGGGGGUUCUGUUAUCAGAGCAUGAUGGAUCCCAAACCACCUUAUUCCAAAAUGUCAUUUCCACUACAGUUUCUUAGUGGGCACUGAAAUAAAUUCACAUUUCUGCAAACCCUCUAUA